AUGGAAACUGAAGAUCAUUACAGAGUAGAACAGCAGAACUUCACACUAGCUUUAGCUGAAUUUGCUGAAAUCCUGUCAGAUUUACGAGCCAUAUUGCUGAGCUCGGUGGGCAGCAAGACGUACAGUCUGAUGAGGAACUUAUUGAGUCCUGAUAAACCGGGGGAUAAAUCGUUCACAGAGUUGACGAGCUUGCUUCAGUCACAUUAUAACCCGAAGCCGAGUGCAAUAGUCCAAAGGUUCAAGUUAAAUUCAAGGACUAGAAUGGCCAAUGAAACGGUAACGGAGUAUGUCGCAGUGCUGAGGGAACUGGCACAACACUGUAAUUAUGGGGACAGACUGACAGAAAUGCUACGAGAUAGGCUCGUAUGUGGCAUUGCAGAUGACCGCAUACAACGCAGGUUGUUGGCGGAGCCUGAGUUGUCGUUUGAAAAGGCCUUGAAGUUGGCACAGGCCAUAGAGACGGCGAAUAAAGACAUUCGUGAUUUACAGCCAAGAACCAUCGAAGGGGUGGGAAGCAGGGGUGCUACCCCACUGCCAGUGCAUAAAGUGGUCGGGGAGCAUAAAUCACAAGGGAAGUCUGGUCAGUAUGCCUGUUACAGGUGUGGCGGAGAACAUCUGGCAAGGAACUGUCGUUUCUUAAAUGAAAAAUGUCAUGCUUGCGGAAAAAAGGGCCAUGUGAAGAAAAUGUGCCGAUCAACGCCCUCUAGGGACCAGCCGAGAAAGGGGGAGGAAAAGAGCAGUAUGAUGGACAGAAAGGGAAACCGAAAAAUAAAACGGCAGUAUGCGCACCACAUGCGUGAAGUUCUGUCCAAGGCUGAGUAUGGAAAGUUAUGGCUAAAAGAAGCUCAGAAGCUGCGGGACUGUUCAGUGACUUUGAAAACAUAUACCGGUGAAACAGUUCCCACACUGGGGAUGGCCAAAGUAACUGUGAAACAUAAAGAUAAAGUCAAACAGUUGCCAGUCAUGGUGGUAGCAGGUAAUGGACCAAACCUGUUAGGCUGGGCGUGGCUCAAGGAGCUGGAAAUGGGUUGUCUACGGCUACAUAAAGUAGAACAGCAGGGGCUGGCCUUGCAAGAUGUGUUGGAGAACCACGAAGAAGUGUUCAAAGAGGAACUGGGGACCUGGAGGGGUCCGCCAGCAAAGAUACACGUUCAAGAAAACGCAACGCCAAGAUUUUACAAACCUCGACCCGUACCAUAUGCCAUGAAGAAGAAAGUGGAGACUGAGUUGGAGCGACUCACCAAGCAAGGUAUAAUUGAACCAGUGAAGUUUUCGGAAUGGGCGGCACCAAUUGUUCCAGUUUUAAAGCCAGAUAAUACUGUACGCAUAUGUGGUGACUACAAGCUAACAGUGAACCAAGUUUCGAAACUGGAGCAGUAUCCAUUACCCAAGGUGGAGGAUGUAUUUGAAAAGCUGUCGGGAGGUGAAAAGUUUAGUAAACUGGACCUCAGUCAGGCAUAUCAACAAGUAGUUCUGGAAGAAGGGUCAAAGGCAUAUGUCACCCUUAACACACACAAAGGGCUGUUCCAAGUCAAUCGUUUACCCUUUGGUGUUUCCUCUAGUCCAGCUAUUUUCCAGAGAAUAAUGGAAGGACUGGUGGCAGGAAUUCCGAAGGUGGCUGUGUAUCUGGAUGACAUCCUGUUGACGGGGAGGAACAAUGACGAGCAUUUGGAGACUCUGAACGAGGUGCUAAGUUGACUGCGAGAGGCUGGUUUACGGGUGAAGAGGAGUAAAUGUGCUUUCAUGGUAAAGGAAGCAGAGUUCCUGGGUUACAAGGUGGAUGCCUCGGGCCUACACCCCCUGCCAGACAAGGUAAAAGCCAUCCAAGAGGCACCUGCACCCACAAAUGUUACAGAGCUGAAGGCUUAUUUAGGCUUACUCAACUAUUAUAACAGGUUCCUACCAAAUCUGUCAACGCUGUUAGCUCCUUUACAUAAACUGUUAAGGAAGGAGACCCUGUGGACGUGGCAGGAGGAACAAGAUAAAGCGUUUGAGCAGUCCAAGGAACUAAUGCAGUCUUCAGAGGUUUUGGUGCACUACGAUAGUCACAAGGACUUAAUUUUGUCAUGUGAUGCCUCACUGUAUGGGUUAGGGGCCGUGUUGGCACACAGGAUGCCAGAUGGACAAGAAAGACCCAUUGGGUUCAUGUCACGCACCUUAACUCCAGCAGAGUCAAACUAUUCCCAGCUAGACAAAGAGGGUUUGGCUGUAAUAUUUGGAAUUAAGAGGUUCCACAAAUACCUCUAUGGCAGGAAGUUUACUGUGUGUACCGAUCAUAAGCCUUUGUUGUCACUGUUCAACGAAAUGAAGGCCGUGCCUCAGAUGGUUUCUCCACGAAUUCAGAGAUGGGCUGUAACAUUGAGAGCUUAUGAAUAUGAGAUUGUUUAUAAGCCCGGAAAACACCAUAGCAAUGCGGACGCGCUGAGCCGUCUGCCGCUACCGGGGCCUCCCCAGCAAGAGGAAAGGGAGGACCGGGUGUUGAUGAUGGAGGACAUCACGUUGGUGUCCGCGAAGGAAUUGAGUGAAUGGACACGAAAAGAUCCGGUGUUGGCUCGAGUGUUUCAAUGGGUCCAGCAAGGCUGGAUAACCCAACAACCUGAUCCGGUUUUCCGGCCUUAUGAAGUGAGGAAAACAGAGUUGAGUGUGCAAGAUGGUUGCAUGUUGUGGGGGGCACGAGUGAUAAUUCCGCCCCCAGGAAGACGUGCACUGUUACAACAGCUGCACCAGGGUCAUGUGGGCAUCACCCGAAUGAAGGCCUUAGCACAAAGUUAUUUUUGGUGGCCAAAGUUGGACCACGACAUUGAAGUAGCUGUGAAGGAGUGUAAAACCUGUCAGCAGCAUCGCAACUUACCUGUGGUGGCACCACUACACCCAUGGGAGUGGCCGAGUAGACCUUGGCAGAGACUUCAUAUAGACUAUGCCGGGCCUUUUAUGGGGGCAAUGUUUUUGAUAAUAAUGGAUGCUCAUUCUAAAUGGAUGGAUGCCUACCCAGUCAAAACACCCACUUCUACCAUUACCAUUGAAUGCCUGAGAAAGAGUUUCAGUAGCCAAGGAUUACCCGAGACUAUUGUAUCAGAUAAUGCUUCAUGUUUCAUGAGUGAAGAGUUCAAGGGGUUCCUGGAAAAAAAUGGCAUUGUACACGUUACAUCAGCACCGUACCAUGCAGCUUCGAAUGGCUGUGCUGAAAGGGCUGUCCAGACCUUUAAAGCGAUGAUGAAAAAGGCUGGAGAUGGAAGUAUGGCAGCCAAAGUAUCAAGGGUGUUAUUCAACUACCGCAUUACACCCCAGUCUACCACGGGAUUGUCCCCUGCCGAGAUGUUGCAAGGACGGAGAUUAAGAUCCACGUUGGAUCUGGUGCAUCCAAACAUCCGAGCUAAGGUAGAGAGGAUACAGUGGAGGCAAAAAGAACAUCAUGAUCGACGACGGAGAGAGAGAAGUUUCUUGGAGGGAGAUGCAGUGAUGACGCGAAACUUCAGUUAUGGACCUAAAUGGAUUCCAGGGUUUAUUGUCGAGAGCACGGGUCCCCUGUCGUACCAGGUGAGGUUGAAUGGAGGUUUAGUGGUGAGAAGACAUGUGGACCAGAUUCUGCGGAGUGUGCAGGAGAAGGACUCCAUGGAACUGCAAGCCCCAGACAUGCUGUUAGUUCCGGGAGAAGGGCUCGCAGCGGCAGGAGGAUCUCCGAUCGUGGGGGCCGAGGGAGACCGCCGGGACUCGGAAGGAGGGGUUCCCAAGGACCCAACUGUUCCAGGGAUGGACACACGGGUACCAGAGAUGGUAACUGUGACACCAGAGUCACCUAGGGUGGUACCAUUGCGCCGUUCUAAGCGGGCACUGGUUAAACCUAGUUACUUGAAGGACUAUCAAUGUUACAAUUGCAUGUCUAGUUUAAAAGAGCAACCUAACUAG